AUGAAUGAUAAAUUCACAGACCUUUCUGUCUAUCAGACGGUCCCCAGUGAAGCCCAGCAAUACCAGGGGAUUCUCAACUUAAUUCUGCAUUUAAGGUGGACAUGGGUUGGGAUCAUUGUUGUAGAAGAUGAACGUGGAGAAAGAUUUCUGCAAGCCAUGCCUCCUCUACUUUCUCAGCAUGGCAUCUGUUCGGCCUUCAAGGAAAUAUUCAGUCAAUCCACUGCGUUCGAUGAUUAUCCGAACAUGGUGGACAAAGGUUUGAAAAUACUUGAUGUUGUAAUGAAAAGUAAAGCCAAUGCAGUUGUCUUUUCUGGAGAUGCUGAUUCUGCCUCACAUUUAAGAUGGGCACAAAAACUAUUAGAAAUUGAAUACCCAGAAGAAAUGCAAAAAGGUAAAGUUUAUAUUAUGACAGAUCAGAUGGACAUUUCAAGUAAUUUUUAUCAAAGGAGCUGGGACCUACAACAGAUGAAUGGUGUUAUAGCCUUUGCAGUUCAUGCAAAGGAACCACCAGGAUUCCAGGCAUUUCUUCAGAGCAUAAACCCCCUUCAGACUAAAGGAGAUACCUUCAUCAGGGACUUCUGGGAACAGGCAUUCCUCUGUCGUUUCUCAGAUUCAGUGUCGGAAGAGAAGAUGCUUGAUAAAAAUUGCACUGGGGAGGAGAAGCUGGAAAGCCUUACAGAAGAUUGUUUUGAAAUGAGCAUGUCUGGCCACAGCUAUAGUAUCUAUAAUGCUGUCUAUGCUGUGGCACACGCUUUGCAUGUCAUGCGCUCAUCCCUUUGCAAACAUAGAACAAUGAUGGUUGGAAAAACAUGUAGACAUUUGAGUCAACAAUCAUGGCAGCUCCAUCACUAUCUUAGAAGUGUCAUUUUCAACAAUAGUGCUGGAGAUGAGAUUUCCUUCAAUUCCAAUGGAGAAAUUAAAACAGGAUAUGAUAUUAUGAACUGGGUCACUUUCCCAAACCAGUCCUUUGUUCGAGUGAAAGUUGGGAGAAUGGAUCCCCAUAAUCAAGUGUUAGUCAUUAAUGAAGAUGCCAUCAAAUGGCACAGCUGGUUUAACCAGACAACACCUCUUUCCGUAUGUGUUGAGAGUUGCCAUCCUGGUCAAAGCAAAAAAGUGAAGGAGGGGAAGUCAUUUUGCUGCUAUGAGUGCAUCAAAUGUCCAAAAGGGAAGAUUUCCAAUCAAAAAGAUAUGGAUGAUUGUGACAUUUGUAGAGAAGAUCUCUAUCCAAACAAGGGACAAGAUCAAUGCAUCCCCAAAUAUAUAACUUACUUGUCUUAUGAAGAACUAUUGGGGGUCACUUUAGCAAUUUUUGCCCUUUUCUUUUCUUUAAUUACAAUUUUGGUCCUAGGAAUUUUCAUGAAGAAUCACAACACUCCCCUUGUCAAAGCCAACAAUCGGAGCAUUACCUACACUCUCCUCAUCUCUCUCCUGUUUUGCUUCCUUUCUUCUUUGUUAUUCAUUGGCCAACCUGAGAAGAUGACAUGUCUCCUACGGCAAAUGGCUUUUGGCAUCAUCUUCUCAGUUUCUGUUUCUUCUGUGUUGGCCAAAACCAUCACUGUGGUUCUAGUGUUUAUGGCCACCCAACCAGGAAGUAGAAUGAAGAAAUGGGUGGGGAACAGAUUGGCCAACUCACUUGUUCUCUCCUGCUCCCUCAUACAGACAGGCAUUUGUGCUGUGUGGCUGGCCACCUGUCCCCCAUUCCCAGAUAUCAAUAUGCAUUCAAUGCCUGAAUCAAUUAUACUGGAGUGUAAUGAGGGGUCUGUCAUUAUGUUUUACGGUGUGCUAAGCUAUUUGGGCUUCCUGGCAGUUGUCAGUUUCACUGUGGCUUUCUUAGCCAGGAAGUUGCCUAACAGUUUCAAUGAAGCCAAGUUGAUCACUUUCAGCAUGUUAGUGUUCUGCAGUGUUUGGUUAUCUUUUGUGCCAACCUAUCUGAGCACAAAGGGAAAGUACAUGGUUGCUGUGGAGAUCUUCUCGAUCUUAGCCUCCAGUGCUGGACUUCUGGGUUGCAUUUUCCUCCCUAAAUGCUAUAUUAUUAUUUUGAGGCCUGAAUUAAACAACAGGAAACACUUAAUGAAUAAAAAAGUUAAAUAA